AUGGAGUCCAUCAAGCAAGGCGCCAACUACGUCAGCGAGAGUGUCCAGCAAGCCGUGCGCGGCACCUCCAAGGAAACCAACAAGGAGGUUGCCAAGGACUCCGAUGCCCCCAUUGGAACUCGUGCUUCCGCCGCAAAAGACGCCCUCAGUGACAAGGCUCACGAGUCCAAGCACGACGCCAAGGCCGAGGCUCACAAGCAGAACAUGUAG